AUGACCACUAUCCUAUUUGUACCCGGUGCUUGGCUCACUCCGCUAUUUUAUCAGCCUUUCCUCCAAGCUCUCACGGGAGCCGGCUACGAUGUCCGCUACGCCGGCUGUCCCUCUUUAGAUCCCAAGGAACCAUCCGGUAUCGAUUGUCAAGCAGAUACCGAUGCCAUUGGUGCCAUUCUCCGCCCCCUAGUGGAAGAUGAGGGCAAAGAUGUCCUGCUCUUUAUGCAUUCUUACGCUGGCAUGCCUGGAGCGGCGGCGGCUACCGGACUAGCCAAGUCACAGCGGACUCAAGAGGGCAAAGCGGGUGGCGUUGUCGGAUUGUUGUUUCUGGGGGCGUUCGUCGUUGCCGAAGGCUCCAGCUGUGCUGGCCUGAUGGGUGGAAACCUGCCCCCUUGGAUUUUACUCGAUCAGCCAUCGGCGAACCUCAAUAUCGCAGAUGACUCUAUCGCCAACUUUGCCGCGGAUGUUGACUCGGCGUUGGCCCAGUCCAUGGUGACAGAGCUGAAACCGCAUGCCACCUUGCCCUUCACUUCGCCCCAGCCACAUCCGGCCUGGGCGGACGAGGCUUUCCAGGGGCGGUUGGCCUUUAUUGUCACGACCGACGAUCGUGCGGUGCCGAAAGAGGCGCAAUUCGGUAUGAUGGCCGCCACGCAGAAACCGUGGAUUGUCAAGGAAAUCGCGUCUAGUCACUGCGGACCAUUCCUGAAUCAGAUUGAUGAGACCCUGCGACUGACACGGGAGAUUAUUGGUCAAUUUCCAUAG